GAGAGAUUUAUUUCCUUAGUUUCGGGGCGGGUUCUCAGGGACACCUUUGAGGGUGUGGGUCUGUCAUGUGAACACAGGAAAAUCUGAGGUGUUUUUGAUCUUCAGAAGGCAGGAAGGCAAAAACUGAACUGCAGGCUGCGGUCUGUGUUUAUGCAACUCUCCGAUGAAGGAGACCGACUGAGUGACAUUCUUCAUGUCUGUUACGCAGGAGAAAGACAUGCAGUUCCUGGGGGCUGUUUUAUUUCUGGCCAUCUUUGAAGGCAUUUGGGGCCAAGAAACAGUCACUCAGAAGGACCGCUUUGCUAACACCACGGAGGGGGAACCGGUCCACCUCAACUGCUCCUACCAGGGAACUCCAAAUAACCUUCAGUGGUACCAGCAAAACCCGGAUGGCCACAUCGUUCAUGUUGCUAUAUUAUUCCAAACCAAAACGGAGUCUUUUGGCCGAUUUGAUAUGAACCUGAAUAAACAGGAGAAAACGACCUGGUUACGUUUGAAGAAUCCCCGGCUUGAAGACUCCGGUGUCUAUUUCUGUGCGAUGAGUCACAGUGUUGCCGUGAGGCACGCAGGCUGUCCCUUCAGGUUCAGACAAGGCCACCUCCAGAUUCUUCUGAACUUCAGAAUAUUUGGGUCCUAUUUUGGCCAUCAGAAUAGAGUUAAAGGGAAUAGGGCGCGGAGCCAGGACGCAGUGGAACAGGAGCCUUUGAAGGUCACCAGAGAAGGAGAGAAUACCACCAUUGCUUGCCGGUACAAAACGAGCAAUUUCUAUAGUUUACACUGGUACAGACAAUACCCGGGAGAAGGCCUGGAGUUUCUGCUACAGAAGGUAACAGAUAAUCCUAACCUGAAAGACCACAUGCAGGGCGAUCUCGAUAAGAAGAAGCAGCUGAGUCGUUUGAGCUUCAGGGGUGCCCGGCUCAGAGACGAUGCCACCUACUUCUGUGCUUUGGCAGCACAAUGA